UCAUGUGACAAAGCUAUGCAACAUCUCCAUAAUAUAACAUCAUCCCAAUUUCAUCCACCCACCCUCAACACCACCACCGACACCACCACCAUGUUUCCAGCUGCUAGAACCAUAGCUUUACACUCAUCAUCCCUAUGCACAGUCUCUUCUUCUGAUAAACCAUCAUUCCCUUCUUCUAAUCCAAAAUCAAACACCCAUUUAUCUUCAAAACCCAAAAGUCUCCUUCAAAACCACCCACUUUACACACCAACACAUGAAAAAAUCUCACUUCAAUUCAAAGAGAAAAUCCUCUGUCUUGAAGUAAUGGGUGUUGAUGCAAGUAAAGCACUUUCUCAAAACCCUCAACUUCACUCAGCUACCUUAGAAUCCAUUCAUUCCAUUAUCUCCUUUCUUCUCUCUAAAGGCAUUCAACAUAAAGACUUACCAAGAAUCUUUGGCAUGUGUCCAAAGAUUCUGACUUCUGGCAUAAAAAAUGAUCUUGAACCUGUUUUUGAUUUUCUCAUGCAGGAUCUUAAAGUCCCUGAUCAUAGCUUUAGAAAAGUGAUUAAAAAGUGUCCAAGAUUGCUUACUUCUAGUGUUAUAGAUCAGCUUAAACCAGCUUUGUUUUACUUAAAGAGACUUGGUUUAAGGGAUUUAGAAGCAUUGGCUUAUCAAGAUUGUGUUUUAUUGGUUUCCAAUGUUGAAAGGACACUUAUUCCUAAACUAAAGCAUUUGGAGAGUAUUGGAUUUUCCAAAGAAGAAACUAGAUGUAUGGUUUUGAGGUGUCCUGCAUUGUUGACUUUCAGCAUUGAGAAUAAUUUUCAGCCUAAAUUUGAGUAUUUUUCUCUGGAAAUGAGGAGGAAAUUGGAGGAGUUGAAAGAGUUUCCUCAGUAUUUUUCUUUUAGUUUGGAGAAUAGGAUUAAGCCUAGAUAUAUGGAGGUCGUUCAGAGUGAGGUCAAUUUGCCUUUGUCAUUGAUGCUUAAAAGUACUGAUGAUGAAUUUAGGGAGCUGAUAAAGAAAAGGGGGGGAUGAUAAUGUAUUAGGAGAAUUAUUAUGGUAUGUGUAUUUAUUUAUAUACGUCAAUGCAUACUUUUCCUAAGGAAGUUGGGAAAUUUGACAAAGUGUUUAUAUGCUAUAUAUAUAUAUAUUUUAAUUCCUUUGUACUGACUCUUUAAGUGACAUAACUAAUGUUAUAUGUUGUUAAUGUAAAUCUUGUUGAAUUAGUUGAUGAUACAUAUAUAUAUGGCAAGCAAGGAAAGAUGAAAUGUAA